CUUUGGUCCAGUCCCAUUGGGUGCUUGAUAAUUUUGGUUCCUAGGGCGUUUUUCUCCAAGUUCCAUCAACUCACCCGGAAAGCUGUUCUAACUUCCUUAGUUUCAUGUUGAACUGUGGGGUUUCUUUGUUUCCAUUCAAGGUUAUAAAUAAGUGUGCUCUGGUUAUGGAGAUUAGAUAGACUCAGCUUUGCACUCCCUGUUGUUACUUGAUUUAGUUGUGGAUCGUCACUCUUAGAAUUUCUCAUUUUGAUUUACUUCAUUUUGUUUGGUGGGAUGUUGGAAAUGGGGGAGGCAUAGACAUGAGUGGCCACAUGUAUAUAGUAUCUGAAAAUAAAUAAAAUCAAAAUUGCAAUGCUUGGUGGAGGGAGGAGGAUGGAGGAUUAAGAAAAUGCACAGAUUUUACCACAGAACCAUUCAUGUCUUCAGCAAGCAAUCUUCGAAAUCGAACAGCCCAUUAAUCUUCCUUCCUAAAAAACCGCACUUGUCUCUUUCUCUAAUAAGUUCUCAGACCAGUCCGAAUGGUACAACGCAGCGUGGAGGGUUUGGGCCUAUUCACCUGAAAACAACUCCGCAUGAAUCCGCCCAUGAUAGAGAUGCCGAUGAAUUUUCUGUCGACGUCGAAAAGGUGUACCGGAUUCUAAGGAAAUUUCAUACCAGGGUUCCGAAACUCGAGCUUGCGCUGCAGGAAUCAGGUGUAAUUAUGCGAUCCGGUCUUCCAGAACGAGUUUUAAGCCGGUGUGGCGAUGCCGGAAACUUGGGUUACCGGUUCUUCGUCUGGGCUUCGAAGCAACCAGGUUAUAGGCAUAGUUAUGAAGUGUACAAAGCUAUGAUCAAAACUUUAGGGAAGAUGAGACAAUUUGGAGCUGUUUGGGCGUUGAUUGAGGAAAUGAGAAAAGAGAAUCCAUACAUGCUAACCCCCGAAGUGUUUAUUGUGUUGAUGAGGAGGUUCGCUUCCGUCAGAAUGGUAAAGAAAGCAGUUGAGGUGCUUGAUGAAAUGCCUAAGUAUGGGUGCGAGCCUGAUGAAUACGUAUUUGGGUGUCUUCUUGAUGCUUUGUGUAAAAAUGGCAGUGUUAAAGAAGCAGCUUCGCUAUUUGAGGAUAUGAGAGUUCGAUUCAAUCCAAAUUUGAGACAUUUCACGUCAUUGUUGUAUGGUUGGUGCCGAGAAGGCAAGAUUAUGGAGGCGAAACAUGUAUUGGUCCAAAUAAAGGAAGCUGGUUUUGAGCCUGACAUUGUGGUUUAUAACAAUUUACUUGGUGGGUAUGCUCAGGCAGGAAAAAUGCGGGAUGCUUUUGAUCUUUUAGCAGAGAUGAAGAAAGUGAACUGUGGCCCAAAUGCAGCUUCUUUUACAAUUUUGAUUCAGUCCUUCUGUAAAACAGAAAAGAUGGAUGAGGCGAUGCGUAUUUUCACUGAGAUGCAAGGGAGUGGAUGUGAGGCAGACGUUGUCACUUAUACAACUCUGAUUAGUGGAUUUUGCAAGUGGGGGAACACAGACAAAGCUUAUGAGAUACUGGAUGAUAUGAUUCAGAAAGGCCAUGAUCCUAGUCAGUUGAGUUAUUUGUGUAUAAUGAUGGCACAUGAAAAGAAGGAAGAGCUGGAAGAGUGUAUGGAACUCAUAGAAGAAAUGAGGAAGAUUGGUUGCGUACCAGACCUUAACAUCUAUAAUACAAUGAUAAGGUUAGUAUGUAAGUUGGGGGACCUUAAGGAAGCUGUUCGACUUUGGGGUGAAAUGCAAGCAGGUGGGCUUAAUCCAGGUCUUGACACAUAUAUUUUGAUGGUUCAUGGGUUUCUUAGUCAAGGUUGUCUAGUUGAAGCUUGUGAUUACUUCAAAGAAAUGGUUGAAAGAGGUUUAUUAUCUGCUCCACAGUAUGGUACUUUGAAGGAGUUAACAAAUGCUCUUUUGAGAGCUGAAAAGCUUGAAAUGGCAAAAAACAUGUGGAGUUGUAUGACUACCAAAGGAUGUGAACUUAAUGUCAGUGCUUGGACAAUUUGGAUUCACGCACUUUUUUCAAAUGGGCAUGUGAAGGAGGCUUGUUCGUACUGCUUGGACAUGAUGGAUGCGGACUUAAUGCCACAGCCAGACACUUUUGCAAAGCUAAUGCGUGGCCUGAAGAAACUUUUCCACAGACAACUAGCUGUUGAGAUCACAGAGAAGGUGAGGAAGAUGGCUGCAGACAGGCAAAUCACUUUCAAGAUGUAUAAGAGGCGGGGGGAGAGAGAUUUAAAAGAGAAAAUCAAGGCCAAAAUAGAUGGAAGGAAAAGAAGAGCACGUAGACGUGGCUGGAGUGGAAUGCACAAGAAAACUAAAACCCUGUAAUUUGAGAGCCUUGUGUUGAUGAAUGAUUCAUUUUGUAGUUCUGUUAAAGAUUUACUGCUGGGAUGGAGGGUUAGGUACUGUGUUUUUCAUUUUGUCUUUCUGCUAGAUUUCAUACUUCGAUUCUUGUUUAUCACCCGAUGAAGCGGAUUCAUGUUUUAUGUACGUUAGUAAAAGAGGGUUUUUGAUUUUUAAGAUGAAGAUAUUGUUAAAAGAUGAAGAUGGAUGUCUAUAAGUUAUAACCCA